AUUUCUCCAGCCACCACACCAUUCAAUCUCAGUCUCUCAUUCAAAAUAUAUAAAGACCUUUGCUUCUUCUCUUCCCCUGUGUCCUGCUAAAUUCAAUUUCUGCUCACAUGGGUAGGCUCAAUCCUAUACUCGUUUGGUCGCUUUGCCUUAGUUUGUGCCUCUUUCUCUGUCCCACAUCGGCGCAGCUAAAAACAAACUUCUAUGCCAACGUCUGCCCCAACGUCGAAAACAUUGUAAAAAAUGUUGUCACUCAAAAAUUUCAACAAACAUUUGUCACAGUCCCAGCAACCAUCCGUCUCUUUUUUCAUGAUUGCUUUGUCCAGGGUUGUGAUGCUUCGGUUUUAGUUGCUUCCACUGGAAACAACAAAGCAGAGAAGGAUCAUCCAGAUAAUCUGUCAUUAGCUGGAGAUGGUUUUGAUACAGUGAUCAAAGCCAAAGCAGCAGUUGAUGCAGUUCCUCAGUGCAAAAACAAAGUCUCUUGUGCUGAUAUUCUUGCCUUGGCCACCAGAGAUGUCAUUGUUCUGUCUGGUGGACCUUCGUAUGCAGUUGAGUUGGGGAGAUUGGACGGACUAAGUUCAAGUUCUAAAAAUGUAGAUGGGAACCUCCCCAAGCCAACCUUCAAUUUGAACCAGCUCAAUUCCAUGUUUGCUGCCCAUGGGUUGUCCCAGGCUGACAUGGUCGCUCUUUCAGCGGCGCACACCGUUGGAUUCUCUCAUUGCGACAGGUUUUCCAAUCGGAUUUACAGCUUCAGCGCAGGGAACCCAGUGGACCCCAGUCUGAACAAAACGUAUGCAACUCAACUCCAACAGAUGUGUCCAAAAAAUGUGGACCCCGACAUAGCCAUCAACAUGGACCCAAACACGCCCAGAACCUUUGACAAUGUCUAUUUCAAGAAUCUUGAACUUGGGCAAGGCCUUUUUACCUCAGACCAGGUCCUUUUCACGGACGCAAGAUCUCAGCCCACGGUAAAAACCUGGGCCAAAGACAACGCUGCUUUUCAACAGGCUUUUAUUACCGCGAUGACCAAGCUGGGCCGGGUCGGAGUCAAGACCGGUAAUAAAGGAAAUAUUCGUAGCGAUUGUAGUGUUCUUAACUAAGAGGGAAAUUUUUGGGUUUUUUAAAAAAAAACAUUGAAGGUCAAACUGAAUGUUGACUAAAAUUCAGCUUCGGGUUUUCUCUGUUUUGUUUUUUAAUUUGAAUCAUUUUAUUUUAUUUAGCUGGCGGUAUAUGUAAUAAUGGUUAGGAUGGCAAGAUGUAAAUCUGCAAUAUUAGUGAGACAACUGGACUUGAGAGCCCCAUUCAAUUUGUUCAAUAAUUUCCAGAUUCUCGUUAUAAAUUAAUUUGCACAAAGAAGACUUUUGACUGUGUCUUGUGCAUUAUUUUAUAA